CACAGCCUGACUGUACAGAGAUGGUAAACCCAAGGCAAACCGGUAACACACCGACAGAGUCGAUGAGACGUCAACGGCCGCUGGCAAACUCGGACUAAAAGACACAUUUUCAACUUGGCAGCGGAUAUUCAUCUAUAAACUUCAUAUCUGAGUGUAUGUCUUUAAAUGAUAAGAGAUUGGCACUUUAGAAGACACCGCGAAUGGUUCGAGGCUCCUGACAAACUGUUUCGCGACGGCUGUUAAAAAUAUUUUUCUUCGGAGUCUUUUGGCUUGUCAGCUGGUAGCAAUUACGGAUCUACGGCAAACUGUAGGAGACACGGUUGGGAGUUCGUGCCUUUUGGUUGACUGACUUGGUACUGGCUGGGUGGACCUCCGACCAGAGCAGAACCUCCGAGCGGCCCGCUUCAACACCCGCGGUAGCAGCCGGGGUGUAGUUCGGUUUACGGAGGACAUUCAGCGGCUUUAAACAAACACCCUUCAGCCGGUAUUUGAUCCCCUGGAGCCGGCUAGAUUCCGGACAGAGACCUCAUGAAUGGAAAUCGGAACUACAGGAGCCGUUGGGGCUGCGCCCCUGUUCUCCGUACCUCGGAGGCCAGGCUAUGGCACCAUGGGGAAGCCCAUCAAGCUGCUGGCCAACUGCUUCCAGGUGGACAUCCCCAAAAUGGACGUCUACCUGUACGAGGUGGACAUCAAUCCCGAAAAGUGCCCACGUCGUGUUAACAGGGAGGUGGUGGAUACCAUGGUGCAGCACUUUAAGGUGACAAUCUUUGGGGACAGAAGACCAGUCUAUGAUGGCAAGAAAAGCCUCUACACUGCCCAACCGUUACCAGUGGCCACAGGGGGGGUGGACUUGGAUGUGACCUUGCCAGGUGAUGGUGGGAAGGACAGGCUGUUCAAGGUCACCAUUAAGUUUGUGUCACUGGUCAGUUGGCACUUGCUGCAUGAAGUCCUCACUGGGCGGAGCACACCUGAUCCUCUGAACCUGGAUAAGCCAAUCAGCACCAAUCCCGUACACGCUGUAGAUGUUGUUAUGCGCCAUCUGCCUUCUAUGAGGUACACUCCAGUGGGACGAUCUUUUUUCUCCUCCCCCGAGGGCUAUGAUCACCCACUGGGUGGGGGGAGGGAGGUGUGGUUUGGCUUCCACCAAUCAGUGCGACCAGCUAUGUGGAAGAUGAUGUUGAACAUUGAUGUGUCUGCUACUGCAUUCUACAAAGCUCAGCCUGUGAUUCAGUUCAUGUGUGAGGUUUUGGAUAUCCAUAACAUCGAUGAGCAGCCUCGACCUCUUACUGAUUCCCAUAGAGUCAAAUUCACCAAAGAAAUCAAAGGUCUAAAGGUGGAGGUCACCCACUGUGGCACCAUGCGGAGGAAGUACAGGGUGUGUAAUGUUACUCGUCGACCAGCAAGCCACCAGACGUUUCCUUUACAGUUGGAAAAUGGACAGACCGUGGAGAGAACAGUGGCACAAUACUUCAGAGAAAAGUACAACUUACAGCUCAAAUUUCCCCAUCUACCCUGCCUGCAAGUGGGGCAGGAGCAGAAACACACGUACCUGCCUUUGGAGGUGUGCAACAUUGUGGCAGGCCAGCGCUGCAUUAAAAAAUUAACAGACAACCAAACCUCCACCAUGAUCAAAGCCACAGCCCGCUCAGCACCGGACAGACAAGAGGAGAUCAGCAGAUUGGUGCGCAGUGCCAACUACAACUCGGACCCCUUCGUGCAGGAGUUCCAGUUCCGUGUGCGGGAUGAGAUGGCGGAGGUGACGGGUCGUGUCCUGCCCGCCCCUAUGCUGCAGUAUGGCGGCAGGGUGAGCUCUGAACACUUUAUGAAUCGUACAGUGGCCACCCCAAGUCAUGGUGUGUGGGACAUGAGAGGCAAGCAGUUUCAUACUGGUGUGGAGAUCAAGAUGUGGGCCAUUGCUUGCUUUGCCACUCAGAGACAAUGCAGAGAGGAAGUUCUCAAGGGCUUUACAGACCAGCUGCGGAAGAUUUCUAAGGAUGCAGGGAUGCCCAUACAGGGCCAGCCAUGUUUCUGCAAAUACGCUCAGGGAGCAGAUAAUGUGGAGCCCAUGUUCCGCCACCUCAAAAACACUUAUGCUGGCCUCCAACUCAUCAUCGUCAUAUUGCCUGGGAAAACUCCAGUCUAUGCGGAAGUGAAACGUGUUGGAGACACUCUUCUGGGAAUGGCCACACAGUGCGUUCAGGUGAAGAACGUGGUGAAAACCUCCCCUCAGACCCUCUCCAACCUCUGUCUCAAGAUCAAUGUCAAACUGGGUGGCAUCAACAAUAUACUGGUACCCCAUCAGCGCCCAUCUGUGUUCCAUCAGCCUGUUAUUUUUCUGGGAGCUGAUGUCACUCAUCCACCUGCAGGAGACAGCAAGAAACCCUCCAUUGCAGCCGUGGUGGGCAGCAUGGACGCUCACCCCAGCAGGUACUGCGCUACUGUCCGUGUCCAGAUGCCCAGACAGGAGGUGAUUCAGGACCUGGCGUCCAUGGUGCGAGAGCUGCUCAUCCAGUUCUACAAGUCCACCCACUACAAACCCACCAGAAUCAUCUUCUACAGGGACGGUGUGUCUGAGGGACAGUUCAGACAGGUGCUGUACUACGAGUUGCUGGCCAUGCGCGAAGCUUGUAUCAGCCUUGAGAAGGAAUAUCAACCGGGAAUUACCUACAUCGUCGUACAGAAACGUCACCACACUCGCCUCUUCUGCGCUGACCGCACUGAGAGGGUGGGCCGCAGUGGUAACAUACCAGCAGGUACCACAGUGGACACUGAUAUCACCCAUCCUUAUGAAUUUGACUUUUAUCUGUGCAGCCAUGCUGGAAUACAGGGUACAAGCCGACCAUCACACUACCAUGUGCUAUGGGACGACAACUGCUUUACAGCCGAUGAAUUCCAGCUCUUGACCUACCAGCUAUGCCACACAUAUGUACGCUGUACCCGCUCCGUUUCCAUCCCUGCGCCUGCCUACUAUGCCCACCUAGUGGCCUUUAGAGCCCGCUACCAUUUAGUGGAUAAAGAGCACGACAGUGCGGAAGGCAGCCAUGUAUCAGGCCAGAGUAAUGGCCGAGACCCCCAGGCCCUGGCCAAAGCUGUGCAGAUCCAUCACGACACUCUGAGGACCAUGUACUUUGCUUAGCCCAGCCACCACAGACCUGUCAGUCUCUGGUCAUUGUGCACUUAGCGGAGGAGGGCUUCUCCCAAUCACAGGCUGCUAAAGAGAACCAAAUGUAGAACUUACGGGAGGAACUAGCACUGUUAUGCAAUAGAAAAACAGCCAAUCGUUACAGUCUGCUUCGCUUACUGAUUGUUUUUAAUAUGUAGAUUGCAGCUAUACCAUUAUUUAUUAGAUAGAUCUGUUUAACUAUUAAUUUUGCCUAUUUAGGUCACAAAACCAAGCUUAAAAAGGUUUGCUUGAUCAACUCGUUCUAGAUCAGCAAAUGAGACAGUGUUAUUUCUUUAGGACCGGAGUGAUGAGCCCUACUUGUCUGGAUUUCUCCUUCUACACAGUUUUGUUUCACAACUAAUCAUAAACGCAUGAAGUUGGACAUCAGCAUCGUCAGGUUCAGUUGAAAAUGACAGACAGGUGUGUUCGAACAGAGUUGAAACUAAUCUUAUGAACCACUUUUGGUUUAGGAUUAGUAUUUUAUUAGAUUUGGUGAAGUCGGUCGUUGGAGGAAUGCCACUAGAGGGCAGUGCAAAGUUUGCUAUGACAUCUUACUGUAGGUUCUCACCUGUUCCUCUGGACAUUUGUUGCGCUAAUCUGAGACCAUUCUUGAUGUUUUACUAGUAACUUAAUAGAAAAUAAUGUUUUCCCAGCAAAAUGUAAUCUAGCAUCUGCAAAAAACAAGACAACUGAAAAGUCAUUCCAUUUUGUUCCAACCAGUCGGAAAUCCAUAUUUGUCCCUUUACAUCUAAUUUUCCAUGUGUCCAUGGCUUAUUCUGCUUUUUGGACAUUGGAGGCACCACUUUUCUUCCAAUUCCACAGUCUUUCAAAUGAUUCUUUAUACUUCUGUGAUAGAUUAACUUUCUAGUCCAUGCGCUGUCUGGAAAAUAUUGCACCUACCAUUGAACUAUUGGUUCCUUGCGUUUCCUGACGUUUUUCUCCUCGGCUCGCUCAUUAUGCAGAGGUGACAGAUUAGCUAAGAACUGCAGAAUCACCAAAAGAUGAACUUUGAAACUCAAGGGUUGGCAAAAAGUUUCCACAGUCAAUGGUUAUGUAUGUGUGUUGAAUGCUUUGUGACUCAUUCGGUUUGUGUGCGCUUACAACGCAAGCGUUCGAAUCAGUCGGAGCGUGACCAUAACAUUUGAUGGAUGUGUGUGCACAUAUAAUUCCACCCAAGGCUACUCAGACGCCUACGUCAUCCAUUAAUAUUAACUUUACAGCUGUUAGACAUUUUAUUCUCAUUUAUGAUCUUUGAGCUUAUUUAUAAUGUUGCUUUUAACUUGCAUUGUCAAUAGCGCAUCUGUAAAUUAUCUAUUUAACUUAACAGUUUGUUCAUUUCGCUUUUUAGCCCUGUGAACUCUGACAGACACUGUCCCAUAAGCCUUUUAGUGCAAUAAGCCAAUUAUUCACGGCUCUGUCGUAGACUUUCAUUAUUCAAUGCAAACCAUACCUUAUGAGUGAAUGCUUUAAUUUGAAGGUUUUGUUGUAUGUGGCAUUGUGUAAGAGAACUUGAAUUGAAAUGGAUCAUGUGUUUUAUGGCUGGAAUGCUGGGUUGAGUUUACAGAGGAGAUGGUUACUCUCAUGGGUAUGUUUUAUGGGAAAGACUCGGUUUGCUGUCAAGAAAUCCUGGACAAACCUUUCAUGUAAAAAGUCAAAUGAGACAAAGUGCCUGUUUUAUAGGAAAUAUCCCUAAAACGCAAUUCUAUUGGGGUAUGUUUUAAAUAUAUAUUAAAAGUAAGUGGCAUGUACAAAUGUUGGACAGAAAUUUAGCUAUUGAAACGGUUGUUAUUAAGGUAUUUUUUAUUGUUAAGGCCAUUUGAAUAGUUGAACUAAUAUAGAACUGACAAAUCCAGUCCUAGGUCAUUUUCUUUUGAACUUUUAGACAUUCUUUUGAACUUUGUUUUAAACAUUUGGACAUUAUCUUUUGAGUUUUUAAAUUGUCUUUUGAACUUUCAAACUCUAUUUUGAACUUUGAAACGUUGUUUUGAAGGUUUGAAUUUUCAAACAUUUUUUUAGCCUUUCUUUUGAACCCUUUUCUUCAAACCCCUGCUUGUUCAUAGCCCCUGUAUAUUCAACUGCAUUCCACACAAACCAAACCAAUGUGCCUCAGAAAACAGGGGUAGCAGGGAGUAUUGAGUUAAGGCAUUUGGAUUGUAGUAGGGUAGGUGGAGGGUUAUAUUUGUUAACUCCGUGGCCUCUGGCACACUUUACCAUCGCCCUUAAUGUGAAUGGCACUGUGGUCUUUCUGCUCUAUAGCCACAAAUACGUGUUGACCAGUGUAGCUGCUAUUUUACAUAAACUACAUCUGCUUUUGUAUGUGGAGAACAAGAGAGAUUCUGAGAAAUGACUGACAAAUAUAUUGCUGCAAUUACAAACUAAAAGCUGUACGGUAUCAGAUUUGGCGAAACUCCCAAGGUGCUAAGAGGUGUGGUGCUGUAAUUCGGGGAUGUUAACUACGCUAAUCUGUCUACUCGUCAUUUACUGCGAAAAUUAUAUCAUUUUUUAAUGUAUGGAGUGUUUCACCAGGUGAAAAAAAUUUAUAUCUUCAGAGCCUUGUUUGGAAGUUUUUCAGGGUGUAAUUUUCGGUUAGCUUGUUAAUUUUUUAAGAAAAAUCAUGUUGGUGAAUUACCAAACCCACAUACGUGAUAUUAUAUUCAAACAGCUGAAAUAAAAUGUCAGUUUUAGCAAGUUAACUGGAGUUUAGCUCUGUAAACAAAACAAACAAAAAAACCUUGCGCAAAUGUCAGAUUGCUUCGGUACUCUUUUUUUGUUUUGAUGUGUUGAGAACCGUUACUUCUCUGCCGCUACCAGCAUUUGAACUUACUUGAAUAAGGGGAAUGAUCAGUAGAACCUGUUUGGCUUUAAAUGACCACAUAUACAGCCUUCUGAAGUUGCCACGGAAUAAAUCGCUAAAAAAGUCCUGUAGGUGGGGCAUUACAUAGGGGUGGGGCUAUUUUAGUUGGUGGGUGUGGCUUAAAUGACACCUCCCACUAAAACUGUGAUGCGACACUCUCCACCCCUUGGCUUAAAGCUGGACUGUGGAAACCUUAAAGCAUUUUUAAUUCCGAGGAGAAGUAAAUUUGUAUAUUUUUAAAUAAUGUAACUGCAUAAUGCACAUUAAUUAUUUUUGCUAACAAAGUCUAUGAAAGAUAAGCAAAAGAUGAUAAUAGUGAUGUUAAUCAUCAUAGUGACUAAUAAUUGGGCGAAUAUGCAAUAGACUAUUGAUUAGUAGAUUCGCCUCGUCUUGUUUUCCAAAAGAACGUCGUGAGUGUCUCUGCAUUGUCCUGCGGUAUUUAUGAGUGAAAUUAUGUAGUUCAUAAAGGGAUGAACCUUCAGUCCUCUCGCGUUAUUACUUUUAUUGACUUAAACAUGAAGGUACCGCCUCAAACACUUCCAUUUAGUUGAUAAAACAGGAUGAUUCACACAAGCACAAGUGUCCUCUUGAACUCAGUAUAAUAACUGUGUCUGAGCUAAAAUGAUAAAUUGUUUUCUUCAAGCUUAGAGUAUUUGAUGAUUGAUGUUAUUUUUCUGAUUUUGCUGAGGUGAAGAUUCAUCCUUUGGGCAGGCGAGUUAGUGGAAUGUGCCUUUUCUGAUGGUGCUGUUCUCAGACAGAUAAAAUACGACCUUUUUAAGGGCCCAACUAGCCUAUAUUGAAGUUAUAUUGAUAUGAUAUGCUGUAUAAUGAGUGUUCAAGAGUGUUAAAACUGUAUGUGUGGGUGUGAUUGUGCCUCUUUAUUCGCCAAGACCACAUUAAAUCACAGAGCUUGCCGGUUACAGGGUCUCUGGACCAAACUUUCUACAAGGGUUAUAGCUACUUUUUGUAAGGAUUUGGCACUGCACAACUAAUAGAUCAAGCACUGACCAGGCAAGCUACCAUAAGGAGCCUGGAAACUCAUCCCAAGUGGCGUUUUCCCAUUAUUUUGUUGUCUUCAAACCAUUUUUAGCAACCAAGACAAAUCUGUGUUCUCUAUAUGUGAUGAAAUGGCAAUAAUGGAAUUGGUAAUGUCACUAAUAUUUGGCCUAAAUUCCAGUUUUAGACACCUUUUGAUAAAUGAACUUCACAGAUCCAGCUGUUACAUUUAUUAACAUGAUGGUUUGGUGAUUACAAAAUGAGGAUAUCUAUAUCUGUGAUUAAAUACA